AACUGUCAGCAGCACACCCACAACAACACACCGUCGUCAGCUGCCGUAAAGCUUACAGGGCUGUGUGUGCGUGUUUCGUUUCGUUCGCUCAGUUUUGUUUGAAACCUCGGGCGAAUAUUUGGUGACGGACCGUGUGAUGGUUGGUUAGUAGUACGAAAUUUACCAGCUCCAUCUAAUCAGUUGCAGUGUGCGCUGCCCAGCACCAGCGCUCACCAAGAACACAGGAACAACCGUAAACCACUAUCAUCAUUAUCAUUUGCAACAUCAUCAUCAACAAUAACUGCAACGACAGCACCGCCAACAGCAGCAGUUCCCGAUGAAGGUUAAAUAGUAGCAACUGCAAAACUCUCAAGAGCAACAAACAUCGCCCAUCGUCUCGCACUGCCUAGCAACGACACUUUCGACGAACACUGACCAUCGUUUCCAGCCGAACCCAACCCAACCCCCACUGUUUAUUGCACCCCGCGGCAGCAAAAGUGUCGAAAGUGAAGUAAAAAGCUGACCGCCCCCCCCCCCCCCACCACUAUCUACCACCACCAUUCUCUUACCAAGCAUCGAAGUCUUGGAAGAAGCGCACAGAAGUAGAAGUGAAGUUAAAAGUCUGUGAUUAAAUUCAAUUAGUGCGGCCGCCCGCGCGAGCGUGUGCCCCAUUUGCGCCAAACCAUAAAGUGUCAUCGCAUCGUUGCAUUCGCUGCAAGAAAGGGAAAAUCUGUGUGGUGGUGUGUGUGUCUGUGUGUGAGUGGUAAGGGUGAGAGUGUACCCCGAAGUGGUGUAGUGUGUAGUGCUUCUGGCGGGUUAGAUUUUGGGGCCAUUUUCACUUGGCCUGGGGGUGCAUCGAGGUGUGACAAUAAUAGGUCAGGAAGUCGGAAACUUCUUCCGAGUUGGGAUACCGAACUCGAGUCGUUCCGGCCGGGGAGUUUGGGGCAGAUAAGAUAAGACACUGCGCAGCCACUGCAUCGGUAGCACAGCCGAGAGCGACCGAGACAUCUGCUGCACAGUACCCGGGAGCGGCGGCAGCGGCGUCGGCAACACCAUGGAGUCGAUGGAGUAUGAGGAGGCGCGCAACAUGACGCUGCUGUUCUUCCUCGAGCGGCUGCUCGAUCGCGGAGAGCCGAGAACGCUGCACGACCUGUCCUGCCAGUUCGGGGCCCGCGGAUUCACCAAGGAAAUGCGUCAGAUCGCCGGCGGAAGUCAAUCAGGACUGAAGAAAUUUCUCGCCCAAUAUCCGGCCCUGUUCGAGAUAAAUGGCGACUUUGUGCACAUCAACUCGUACCAGUCGAGUAGCCAGGACGAUUCGUCCGUUUCGGGCAAGCGGGACUACAUCAAGGAGGCGAAAGACUACUUCAAACACAAGCUGCUGCAGUAUGGCAAGGGUACGGAGGUGCCGAUCCGCAGCCUGCUGGGCCACCGGAGCCAGGCCUCGCCCCAGGUGCGCCACAUCUCCGGCCAGCACAUCCGCGAGUUCACCGAGUUUCUGCUGAAGCACCCGGACACCUUCCAGGUGAUUGACAACGAAAACGUGGUGCUGGUCGGGUGCGAGGACGAGGAGGAGGUGCCCGCCUCGGAGCGGUUGCAUCUGCCCAACUCGACAAUCGACACGCAGGCCACCCAGCAGCUGCUCGACUCGUUCGCCCAGGUGAUCGAGAUCAAGGGACCGAUCCUGGUCGACCAGCUGUUCCACAUGGUGACGUCCAACUUCCCGCAGGAGCAGUGGUUCCACAUGUUCAAGAACCCGAGCGAUCUGAAGACGUUUCUGAAGCUGUUCUCCGACUGCUUCCACAUCCAGUCGAAUCUAGUCACGCUGUUGCAGAAGCCCAAGCUGUCGGAUGCGCACAUCCGGCAGGCGCAGGACAAGCUCAACCUCUCGAACAGCACGUUCGGCGGGAGCAGCAACAGCACCCACAGUAGCUAUAGCUUAGGUAACAUGGCGGGCAGCAGCCCCCAGAACAGCCUGCAAACGUUUGGCGGCAGCGGCAGCAUCGGGUUCGGCAGUGCCAACGGCAGCAGCAACACGAGCAGGACGGCUUCGCCCAAAAACAUGAUCGGAGAUUUCAAGCUGAACGAACCGGUCUCGGUCGGGCUGGUCGGUGGCAACGCUAACGCGCCCGGCAACGUGGCCUCGCUGACCGCGAACAGCAAGAGCGAACCGAACAGCGGCUUUGACAGUUUGCUCAUAACGAACGAUUUCAAGAUGGAGAGUCUGUGCCCGCGCAACUGUCCAACGGUGACGAGCUAUGCAAAGUCGUCCUCGCUGCUACCGCCCAAGGGAGGCACGAACGAUGCGGGCACCAACACGACGGUGUCGUCUGGUGGUGCCAAUGCAACCGAGCCGUCCAAUACUGGCCGCUCUGGGGUGAACGAUAGGAUCGCCAACCAUCAGCAAACGCAGCCACAGCCGCCUCCGCCACAACAACAACAGUCAGCAACUGCGGCGGCGACGGCCGGUGCUCCAAAUUCCAAAAAUCAAACACUCAAACAGCGAAUCAACAGUCUCGUGAUCAAAACGCUUGCCGAAAAUUUGGAGAAAGACAAGCACUCGAUGGGUGCGAUACAAACGACGACACAGCAGCAUAACGCAGCAGGUGCAGCCGGUGGUGUUGGCGGUAGUAUCGGCGGCUCCGCUGGAAUGGGUGGCGGUAGCACGGGACAGUCGGGUGCAAUGUCACCGACCCCGCCACCGAUCGGGGGCAAUCCGGUACACUCGAACAACUACUUCAUCGGCGACACGUGGAAGAUCAAGGUGCUGCAGAAUACGCGCGUCAUCUCGACCGUCAAGGAGUCGCUGUUUGUCACGAAUGCCAUCAUGAAGUCGUCGCUGGAGGAGCAGGCGAUCGUAUCGUUCGACUGCGAGGGCAUCAAUCUGGGCGUGCGGGGCCAGAUCACGAUGGUGCAGCUCGGCACGACGCGGGGCGAGGCGUUCAUCUUCGACAUUGCCACCUGCCCGGAUAUGGUGGUGGAGGGAGGGUUGAAGGAAAUACUGGAAUCGGAAAAGGUGAUCAAGGUGAUACACGACUGCCGGAACGAUUCGGUCAAUCUGUUCAACCAGUUCCAGAUUCUGCUGCGCAACGUCUUUGAUACUCAGUCCGCGCAUGCCGUGCUGCAGUUCCAGGACCAGGGCAAGCAGGUGUACAAGGUGAAGAAUGUGUCCCUCAAUACAUUAUGCGAGAUGUAUAAUGCCACCGUGAAUCCGAUGAAAGAUCAGCUGAAGAAUGUUUAUCGGCGUGACCAGAAGUACUGGGCACGGAGACCAUUGACAAGGGACAUGCUGCUGUACGCCGCCGGAGACGUGCUGAUUCUGAUCAACGAGCAGCUGUACCUCAACAUGGCGACAUCAAUCCGGCCAGAGUACCGCGAGCUGCUGUCGGAGCUGUGCACUGAGCAGAUUUUAAUGUUAAUCCGCCCAGUGGACGUAAAAAUGCGCAAGAAGCAGCGCAAGGUGCGCUCGGAGAUACAGGACUUGAAGGUGAAGCUAAAGUCGGCCAGCAAAAACAUCGUCCUUAGCAACAGGGAAAUCCGGCUGUUGAGGUACAUGGAUUUGACGGAGGAGGAAAAGGAAAAGCUACGGGUGUCGUACAAGGUGGCGAAGAAGCUGGACAAGCUGGAGAACUACGACCGCGACCGGUGCGACCAGAGCGACUCGGACGACGAGUGUGACGUGACGGAGCAGGACUACCAAAGCAUGGACAGCGUACCGUCGGACAAUUCGCUGCCCGGCACGGGGACAGGUACCGCCGGCAGCGGCACAUUCUCGCCCAAAAGCUCGGAACCGCCCAGCCUGACCGAGUCGAUGCAGCUGAUGGAUGAAAUCCUUUCCAACACGACGAUGGAUCGGAUGGCCAAGAUCGAUAAGCUGGAAGCGAUUCUUUCCGCCGCUACCUUGCUGCCAAACGAUCAGUCCUUUGCUGACACAAUGUCCAGCUUCAAUGCCAAUACGAUCGUAGUAACCAACGAUAAUAUUCUACAGCCUGCAAAGGAAAAAGACGCCAUGAAAAGCCGUGCGAGUAAACCAAGCUCCAAGAUAGCGGCACGCUUGCAACACUCAAUCACACCGCCACCGCCACUCGCGGCACCGCACCAGCAACCGGUACCGCCGGUGCUGCCAUCGAAGGAAAUGAAGGAAGCCGCCUGCCAGACGCUCAGCACGGGCGAUAUUGUGAUUACGAAGAUAUUUUUCAAGGAGGAGCAAAACAAGAAGGCUCAACCGGACAAGCCGAAUGCGGCCUCGCCCGUACCCGGCGAAUUGCUCAAAAAGAACGGCACCACUACGGCCGGCGGCGAGAUACUGGUGAACGCUUCCAGCCAGCAGCAGACCGACGGCGUAAAUGGUGUGCACACACACACAUUUAUGAUUUGAUAAUCGAACGAAGGACGAAGCAAUAAUUUAUGCGUUAAUUUAUUCGAUCCUAAUAGGAUAUGACUCGGGCGUGUGAUCACACACACACAAUAGCAUGCGUCCUCGGCAUAUGCUCCCGGGGUUUGAUAACUAUAUUUGUCUCCCGCAUUACGGAUUGACGCGAUUGUAUCAGGACGUCUGUAGACAGUUGUAGGCAGCUAUAUUUUUUAUCGAAUAUUUAUAUCCCCGAUAACGAAAUUCCCGCGAGUGAGAAUGACCACCCUAGGUAGGCUACGUAGCGGAGGAAUAUUUCGCUCCCUCCCCUAGGUUUGAGAGUUUGUGUGCUUUGAGUUGUUUGAUUGUGUUUUGUUAGCUAGCAGGGAAGAUAGACCAUAAGCAAUCUUGGUGGGAAUUGAAGACACAUCAAAACUGAACACGUUUGUUCCGCUCAUCCUGCUACUGCUGCAAGCGUACUGUUUAUUUAAUGUUGUUCAGCAUUUGCAAAACUACGCUACAACACACGGACACCUUCGGUUCGAUCCCGAAAACAGGUAGUUCACUGUUUCCAAAUGAAUUACGCAUAUACAUUUACAUGUACCGGCUUGGCCACAUACCUACAACUCACUAACACGUAUAAGUAGAACAUAUUACGCGAUAGGAGAGAACACAACAAGUUGUAAUCAAUAAUUAGAAUUUCAACCACGGUUUCCGUUGUAAUCGUUGAUGUGAUGGGUAGCGGAGGAAAGCCUUUGAUAGUUAACAAAACCAGAAACAUACACACCUUAUAUAUACACCGUAGCGACCGUAGCAUUAGACAACCACACAUUUAACCUGUCAUUUUCAUUCAAACGGAAACGAAACGGUUGAAUUAUAGAGAGAGCUUUAGCCGUCGGAGCAUCAUACUCAGCAGCAACUAAUUAAUAUAUCUUUAUAUAUGCAUAUACCUUUACAUACACAUAUAUACGGAAUCGUUACACGCUCCUACGGGCGGAGAAGCAGCGGGCGCCUAUAGAAUGCAAACGUUCACUGUAUUUAACAACAAUAUUAAAGUUAGAUGAAAUUUUGAAGCUAUAAGCACGGUGAAGUGCGUGACGUGAUGAUAGACAAGCGCCCUCUCUCUAUGCUAAUCUGCAUAGUGUAGUGAACAUAUGAUUUGCAAGUUGAGAGUGCAUGUGUGUGCAUGUGUGUGUAUCAUCGUUCGGCGUGACGAUUGAGUUUUUGUUUUGUAAGCAUCCCGUUCUUGAUGCUAUAUUAAAGAUUGAACUACUAACACAUUUAUACUAAGGUAUGGAAUGAAGACGGAGAUCGUUAACGAAGUAGUUUACGAAAACGCUAAUAAGAACACUAUUAAAGCCCCACGAUCAAGGCAUCAGGGGAAGAGUAUAGACAGAUGAUGUUCGGUAAUUGCAUAUCGGCGGGCUUAUAACAUUUAAUCUUGGUGCCGAAGAAAUGCGGGAAUUGUUGUUGUUAGGCUGAUAGUAAGGGAAACAACAUUAAAACGACGGGUUUGAGAGGGCGACACACUGCGCGCUAGGUAUUAACUAAAGGGUGAACUACUAAUUCUAACAAAGAUACAGAUCGUGACACAAUUACAAGUAUUUAACGACACGCGUAUAUAUGAGCAAUAUCGAAAGCGGGAGUUGUUGGGAUGUGAAUCCAAAUCACACACCGGAUUGUAAUGUAAAUGAGCAAAAGGAAGGGAAGUUAUACAAGCAGAAAAAGGGAAACGCAAUACAACAAGCAAUGCUUUUGGCAGACAAAUAAUGUGAGGAUGCAGUAGUGUAGUUGGAGUAGUAGUAGUAGUGGUAGUGGUAGAAGUAUGGGACUUUGGAGGAAAUAUUACUUAUACUAUACCAUACACGAAAUUGAUCAGAAAGCGAGUUGAAUUGUGGGAUUAUAUUCAGUAAAGAAGGUUGCGAGACUGUUGCGAGACGAACGCGUCGUGGAAGAAGAAAGUUAUAGGAACAAAUAAACAAUUGUACAUUUGCUAAACUA